CUGCAGAAUGCAGCUCUACAGCAAGUCAGUAUAUAUAAAAGUCAAAUUUCAACGAAUAAAAUACAAAGCAACAGCAUCGAAAAAUUCCUUUAUAAUUCCAGAUCUAUUAUUAUCGCUCUAGAAAGUGAAAAAGGUGGUCUUGUGAAGUUAGAAGUAACCUAUCAAGUGCAUGGUGCUUGUUGGCGUCCUUCAUAUGAUGUGCGUGUGGAAACGAGUGGGAAACAGUCGCUCAAGAUCACAUACUUUGGCAACAUCUCCCAGUCUACUACAGAGGAUUGGAUGAACGCUUCGCUGGUACUUUCCACAGCUCAACCUUGUCUUGGUGGACAAAUUCCAGAGUUAGGCGUACUCGAUGCUAUCUUUUAUCGUCCUCCACCUCCUCCACAACCCAUACGAAUGAUGAAGGCUGGAGCCUUUAGUGCACGUACAGCUUCCCAAAUGAGCAGCAAUGCAAUGGAAAGUGUUUGUAUGGAGGCGGCUCCCCUCUACGCACCUAUGGCUCCAGCGAUAGCGGUAGCGGCACCGGCUGAGCAGCAUGCACUCAGCACUGAGUUUAUGAUCGCAAGACCAGCAGCUAUUCCUUCUGAUGGAGCGGAACACAAAGUCACCAUCGGCAUUGUUGACGUAUCUCCACAGUUGGUUCAUGAAUGUGUUCCAUCAAAAAAUACAAGCGCAUUUCUGACGGCAUCGGCGGUUAACAAUUCCCAACUUCCCUUUCUAUCCGGUGACGCGUCUGUUUACCUAAAUAACAGCUUUGUUUCGAAGAGAUCAUCAGUUUGGUGGCUGCUUUCAGUAGUGCCUUUUCAGACGCUUUUGAAGGAUGUUUCACCUGGUGAAAGAUUCUCUUGUUCACUCGGAGUUGAUCCAGCUCUUCGUAUUGAGUACAAACCAGUCAAGAAAUAUCAUGAGCAGCUUGGACUUAUCAACAAAACGUCAUCAACGGUAUACGAACAAGUCAUCGUAGUGAAAAAUUCACGCAACGAUGUAGUGCUCCUCACUAUCAAGCAACAAAUUCCACGCAGUACCGAUGAAAAAAUUAAGGUGCGGUUGUUGGCCCCUAAUGUUCCCGCCUCCGAGGAUACGAGUAAUGUCUCAGAUCUGACUACGGCUGCAGAGCUGCCAAAAGAAGGUCCAAAGAUGAGUGGUAGCAAUCUCCAUUGGACGAUUUCUGUACCUGGUGGGAAAUCCAGUGAACUUCAUGUUAAAUGGGCUGUAGACCAUCCCAAAGAUGAAACAGUUGAAUUUGUUGAAAGCCAUUGAUU